AUGAUAAAUCAUUUUACAACAACAAGUGCUGAUGACUGUACUUCGACUAUCGUAUUCAAACCAAUAUUGCCUCAAACAAUACUAAAACCAGAUCAUUCAGCAAGUUCAUUCUUAACAUUAGCGCCUUACGGAACUGGGAAAACAUUAUUGAGAUGUGAAUAUUACAAAUCAUUACAAUCAGAUACCUAUUUCAAACUAUUAAUAUUAAAUAGAUAUAUUGAUGAAUAUCUACAAAGAUUUGUGGACACGAAAGCAAUGAGUGGAACAGAUUGUGACAAGGAAAGUUGCAUCAUGAAAUGGUCAAGUAAUGAAUUCGGUCAAUUACUUCUAUCUCGUCUAGUUACACAAUUUGUUGAGACAUUCGAAAAAGAGUCAUUGUAUCUUCCAAGUAUUUCGUCUGAGCAAACUGGAAGACUUCGUGAAUUCUUUUCUGGAGAAAACCAACAAAUCAAGCCUAAGAUAGAUGGCAUUAAUAUGGACGAUGGUAUUAUUCGAAAGGAUAAAUUUCCCAUACUUGAAAUCAAUUGGAAUUUGCAAUCAAUAAUUAAUUAUGCUGAUUAUGUUCUACAAGAAACAAAUAAAAAUACGUCACCAUUUCGAUGCAAAUCAUUUGUAGAUUUUAAAACACUGGUGAAUUAUUCUAACCCGAAAAAUGCUGAAAUCAUUAAUCAAAUUUCAACACCCAGAAUACUUCAUUAUUUUAUGCAACACCUGAUAACAGAAAUGAAUCACUGUGCAAAUGUUGUUAAGGAACCAUUUAUAGCGACUACCGAAAACAUUUAUACUGCUUAUGAAAAGGCAGCUAAAUCUACAUUUAAGGUACACUUUAUUAAUAAAUAA